CUAUCAGAGUGCAUCACAUGACUAGCCUCGCCACUGGUCAGCUGUUGUGCCGAGGAGGCAGUGUGGGUGUGUGUAGGCCGUGUUGCAAAUGUUUGUUGGCAUCGCACACAAGCCGCCAUGUUAGUCCAGAAUGCAGACGGGAAGACGAAGCAGGAUGUGUUGAGGACCAGACAGACGAUGAUGGAGGAGAUGAAUAGAAGACAAGGAGAGGCAGUCAGGAGGAUGGGGCAGCGGCAGGUGGCUCUGCAGGUGGCGUCAAUUAGAGAGCGCCUAGGAUGGUUCCUUCCCUUCUACGCCUCCUCCGCUGCCUUCCUCUAUGCUGGGUACCGCGUUACACGCUCUGUAGUCGUUCUCUACCCGCUCGUUCCCAUGACCUUCGCAUUCUGCUAUCAGCUCGAUCUGGCUUAUGGCAACAAAACCGCGAGGAUUAAAGGUAUCGCCGAGGAGAUCAUGGUGAAGGAAGCCCAGCUGAUCCAUGUGCCAGCCUGGCAUUAUUACAACAGACCUGUCCAGGAUGAAGGCACUUCUAGCUCGGUAUACAAAUCUUGACGGAACAGAGAAUCUUGACGUAAAAUAGGAUGAAAAUCAGCCUCGAAACUGAAUUCUUCAAAAGUAUCAGAAGUGUAUGAGAUUGUACAACGUGACACUGAUACAGAAACAUUGGGCUGCAAUACUCAAUUCGUAAGAAAACGUUUAAUCACCUUUUGUGGUGGUUUGUAUAUCAUUGUCACUAUUCUGGACAUUACUAAUAUAACAGUGCCAGCAAUAGAUUCUCUAAAUCAAUCACAGUUCAAAAUUAUUAUUAACUCUUAAUCAUCCUUCUUGAUUAAAAGCGCCUCUUAUUCCCCCGACUAAUUCCUCUUAUACACUCUUAUAUUUUAUCUUGUACUUCAUUUCUUAUGACUUCUGACAAUGUAAACUAUCAGCAAAACUAUUUUCAUAACUUAAAGGCACUUUGUAAAUGUGAACAAAUCCAAAAGCUCAGAGACAAAGUUGUCUAUUGCACUGGCAAUAGUUCUAUUGCCAGUGCAGGCUACUGAACAUAUGACCUGUAUGACUAACCAUCCUGCGAGAUGGGGACUUUUAGUAUUACUGCUACCUUAUUCACUCUUGUGUUCAUGAUAUCCUCAUAAUGGACCCCGAGUCUGCCAGUGCAGACUGCCUAUCACAUGCCUCUGUAUGACUAACCAUCCUGUGUGAUGGAGAUUUUUAGCAUCAUGUAGUUAGUUUUUUAUACACUCUGUACUCACCUUCAUAUAGUCUAGGGUAGCUGCAUAAAUGCAGAUGUAUCUAAAUGUGUUAAUAAAAAAAUUAAUAAUC